GUUAAAUAACGUUUUAAAACGUUUAUUAAUUACAGAAAGAAAGAAAAUAUCGAUAUACGUUAAAUAUUAUAUAAGCUACAUCUUUAACGGGUUAUGGACAAGUGCCGAUGGAUUUUAGAAAAAUAUUUUAUAUCUGUUUGGUGGCGCCACAAACAAACCAUUGAACAACUGGAAGAAGUGAAAGUUUUUGAAAGAGGAAAAAAUAUACCGAAUUUAUUUACUAUAGAAAAAGGAUUCGAAAGAAUGGAUUUCCAUUCAGUAAUGGAAACAUUUGCCGAAGCCUGGGUUGCCGCUAAUACACAAACUCCUUUGACAGAAGCUGCAGAAGCUCAGGGACUUUCACUCUCACCAGCUAAUAUUGGUAUUGGAUUAAAUUCCAGUAACAGCUUAGGAGAAUUGUUUGAUCGUAGAGAACAUGAUGGACUUAUAGAAAUUGGAAGUCGUGCGCCUAUUGUCCGGAGUCCAAUACAUAGCCCAGAACAUCGGUUUGGUGGUAAAUUUUAUAGUAAUUUAUCAUCUUUGAAUCACAGUAAAUCAAUUCCGGUGCAUACGAUUAUAGAACAAGUUCAAGGUACACCUCAUACAGAUAACUCUGCAGGUCUUCAGCCCACGGUCGAGCUUGACAGUUAUGCAAUUGUGCCUACAACUAUUCGUUUUAACGAACUUGUCAGGACAGCAUUGUUGAGACUGGGUUAUUCUGCUGCAGAAACUGUCAGUGCCAAAGGAGCAAUCCAAAUAAAAAACUGGAAGCAGCUUUCUUUUGAACAAAUUACUGAUAUGAAUGAUGUAACAGUAGGAGAAAUACUUGGAGAAUUAUCAAAUGUUGCUACAUUAUAUAUCAGAUUAUACAGGUUGGCAAACAGCAUGCCAGAAAAUCCACAAGAAUGGACAGAUACGGCAGUUCGAAAUGCAGUAUUGGUAUUGCUAAGAGAAAUGUCCCAAAGUAAAUUGGCUAGUUUGUGUCCACUGUCACAGCCACUUUUAUCUAACAUCAUGAAUAAUAAAUAUAAUGGAAAAAUUGGAAAAGAUAAAUGUCAAGAAUUUGGAUCAUGGUAUUUAAAUUAUUGCAAGAAGGACAAUGUUACCUGGCCACCAAAUGCAACUUCUACCGGUUGUCCUCGUGAUGGAAGGCUCACUUUUCAUCCAAUUAAAGAAUUGCCAAUGUUAAAAGAAUGGUAUCAGUCAAAUAGGAGCCCUUCUCAUGCAACUCUUCAGAUGUAUGUCGACAUUCUCAACCAGGGUACUGUACGUCAACAAGAAAGGCCAAAAGUUACAACGUCUAGUUUAAAAAACUGGUGGAAAAAUGAAAGGCAACGAGAAAGAAAAUCUGUAAACGGUGGUUUAUUAGAAAAAAAGAAGAGGAGGAGAAGUAAAAAACAAAACGGUGAAUUGAACAAAUGUAAAGAAGAAACAAAUGGAGAAAAAUGAUCUGUAAAGAUAUGAAAUUAUAAAAACAAAUGGGAAAAUAAUAGUACAAUUUCAGCAAAGAGAAACGAUGCAGAAAGCCAAGUUUAAUGUUUUCCUGUGCAGCCAUUCAUUAUUUAAUUAGCAAGGAAGAAUUAGUGGUGAACGGCAAACAAAGAAAACCAAAACAAAAAAUAUUUAUUAUUAGAUGAGUUGUUUUUAUUCUUAAGAGAGUAACCUCUUAUGCCUGACAAUUAAAUAGUUGUUCAUCUUCUACAACUUAAAAAGAGAAGAAAAUUAAUUUUUGUACAGUAUUAUAUCAUUUCAUUCAUGGUUAUUUGUGAAAAAAAUCAUCCAGUUAUGGUCAUUUAAUAAUGCCAAUCAUGAUGUACAGUUUUUUACUGCUUUAUUAGCAAUAAUAGUGUGUGCUUGACGGAUUCUGAUAUGUAUUUAUAUAUGUGCCGUGACAUGCAGUUUUAUAUUCAGUCAGAAUAUAAAAUUUAGAAAUUUUACAAAUCACAUUUGUGUUAAAAUUUUAACUAUAACUCUCAAAUUUACAAUUGACACAGGCUGAAUUAUUUACAAUUUUAUUUAUAGAUAAAACUGUGUUGUUUUUCCUUUUUUUAUAUAGAAGUUUACUGAAUUUUAAAACUUCAGAAAAUAUAUAAUACAGGAAAGCCACAUUUUUUGUUGUUUCCUGAUUGAAAAGAAUAUCUUAAAUUUAAGUAUAAUAUAGUUUCUUAUAUUUUGUAUAUAGGUUAAGUACUUUGAAAGAAGUUCUCUUAUUUAUUCUAUUCAUCCAUACAGAAAUAUGUAGAUAAAUCAAACUAUAAUACAGUGUACAGUUUAAUACAGUGUAUUAUAAAAUUUCAUUAAGUUGUAUUUAAUGCUAAAAUCUUACCUAAUAAGAUUUAGAUUAUGUGCAAAGUUAGAUAAUUUACAAAAAUGUAGCAUCUUAAUAUACCAUCCUGUUUCUAAAAAUGUUUGUUUUACUCUUCAUAAGAUUAAAUUUUGGACUCUUACUGUGUAUCUCUUACGAGUAGGAUUGGAUGGGUAUAUAAAUAGGUAAAUGGGAUAUAGCAUAACUGAAAUUUGAUAUAUGCAUAGAGUUGCUCAAAAUUUGAUUUUGAUAAUCACAAAAUAUAUCUUUUGAUAAUAAUCAUAAUUAUGAUUAAGUAAAUUGAUUUCUAUUCUUGUAAUGUGAGUCAACAGCAUCUAAACUCAAAUGCAACAGUGCAGUAUUUUAUUUGCCCAGUAACCUGUACUUAUUUGCAAAAUAUGCAUGCAUCUUUUAUAUUAAAAAAAAAACCACACAAAAGUAUUUUUUGUAUAGGAAAAUUUCUAAAAUAUUUUACAGAUACCAAUACUUGAACCAGACAUUCUUAAAUGCAAAGUCAAAUACAGAUCUCCACAUAGAAAGACUUAAGAAAUUUGCAUAUCAUUUAGACACAUUUGUAAGUGGAAAUGAUGUAUUAUUUAAGAUGUGUUGUAUGUCUGUAUAUUACUAUUUCAUGCUAUUGAAAAUGUCCAGUGUGUAGACCAUUUUAAAAAAAUGCAAACUUAGAAUCUGUUAACAGGAGUGCCUGUCUAAAAUGUUUUUACAGUGUUUUAUAUCACACUGCUAUGUAUAAAUUAUCUAAAUAUUUAAGCUCUGUAUAAUUUAACGUAUAAUAUAGCAACUUGAUUCUAAUUAAAAAUGCCCAAAGGUUUCAGAAAUUAAAUCUGCUAUAGAAUUUAUUAAAGAUAUCCACCGUAUCUAAAAUGUGACUUCUAUUAAAUUACUUUGCAGGAAUUCUUUGAAUAAAUUUAUACUUUCCUGUUAAAUUGAUUUAUUUAAAA